UUUGUAUAUGUUAACACUAUGGUGUCAGACACACAUAUUAACAAAAAAUAUUUCGUUCAGUUUUAAGUCAGUUUGAAAUAGAAAUAUAUUUUUUAUUGAUAAAUAUAGAAAAUUAUUUUAAUCAGAUCAUACCGAAGGGUCUAUAUUUUAAUUUUGAUAAAUAGAAGUUGUUUGACCGAAAUAAACGCAAGUUACAGCUCUAAAUAAAUCAACUACAAUGCCCGCUUCGAUUAAAACGGUCGUUAAUAAAAAUUUUAAAUUUGAAAUUCGUUCACUUAAGAAAACAUUCGCAGAAAUAGUUGUUUUAGUUAUAUGUUAUUUGCUCGCUGUCUUGUUUCCUACAAAUCCGUAUAUCAAUCAGGAGUUGUCUAAUGAUGAUCUCCAAAAGAUUGUAAUUUACGACGAAAAAAAUUUCGACAAUCUGGACGUUCUGAAAUCCUUAUUAAGCGCCUCUGGAAAAGAAGUUCCAACACAUCUUGUAUAUAUGCCAGAGGAAGAGAUUGCUACCAGUAUAAUGAAUGAAGUCGCAACAAGCUUAGGAUUAACCGAGGCAAAGCCAUAUAAAACAGAAAAAAUUAUGAUGAACAGAUUCGAUCACAAUAAAACACUCGCCGCUGUUAAACUCCUGUCAGUGACAAAAGCUCGUCUGGAUAAUACACUACGUUUUCCACAUGAGUUUCGAACAAAGGAUGCAAAUCAUGAGGGUUCAGAAUUUUGGGAAACACGCUGUAGCGGUAUACUUGCUGAGGAUGCAGGGGAAAAGAGAAAUUAUGUGCAAGAUGAUUUGUAUUUGCGGGAAGGUUUUUUGCAGUUACAACAUAAAAUAUUUGCCAUAUGGUUAUCCAAAGUGCACGAAAAAGAUAUAAAUAGCAUAAAAGUUAUAUUGCGAUCAUUUCGGCAACAUACCAAAGAGAAAACGUGUCCUGAUGACACCAAAUCCAAUAUAAUGAUGUUUUCCUUCAGCUUUGCAUUCUUCUUACCAUUCCUAAAUAUUCUAUGGAGGUAUGGGCGUGAACGAGAAGAGAAUAUUUUAGCACAUCAUUGGAGAUAUGGAUAUGAUUAUGCAAAGUACUGGACUGGCAACUGCAUUGUUUCUUUCGUGCAUUUAUUAAUGUUGGAUAUAUUUGUUGUAAUUGUGGUAUUGCUGCCUUUCGAGGGGAAAUUCUCCAGUAGCAUUAUGUGGUCGCUUCUCUAUCUAAUUACAUACAACAUUGCACUCCUGAUUACUGCCGUGUUUGUGGUCUCAAUCUCAACUAAAGCUCUGCAUGCCGUACUAUUCGGAGCUACUAUAUGGCUUACCAUGUACUGUUUAUUCUCAAUUUUGGUGGAGCAUCAUGCACAAAUGAGUACAAUCUUGUUCAUUUGUUUUAUUAGUUUUUUCAACAAUGGUUUUGCUUAUGGAAUGCGCGAAUUACAAGAAGCGGAUGAUUAUUUGAAUCCGCUCACGACCAUGUUGGGGAGCUGUGUAUUUUAUUGGAUAUUGAUUUCUAUAGCAGAGUAUUUUAGUCCAGGACCUUAUAUAAAAACGUUGCCAUUCAGCUUAUGCUGUUCUGGACGUUGCCUUACCACAAUGAAUAAACCCGCAAAUGCUCCAAAUACGAAAAAACACAAUAUUUUAAUACUUGAAAAACCAAUAAUUUGGGAAAAUUUUGAAUUUGGAACCAUCAGUAGUGUCGAAUUGAUACGUUUAAAAAAUAUACACACCAAAUUCAAUUCGGGAAGAGUACAACUUAAAAAUAUCACAAUGCGUGUCUAUGCCAAUGAGAUUACUGUCAUAUUCGGGCCACAUUGCUCGGGAAAAACGACUAUAAUAGAACUAAUGGCUGGUUGGAGACGACCAAUUUUGGGACAAGUACAAGUUGAACACAAUGAUUUGUAUGAACAUUGGAAUAAAUAUCGUGGCAGUAUAGAUGUAUGCAUGCCAAAUAAUGCCCUUUUUGAUUUACUAACUGUUGAAGAGACAUUAAUUUAUUAUAUGCUGAUUAAAAUGCCAGCAAGAGAUAAUCAAACAAUCAAUAUGGAAUUGGAUAACUUUUUCGAAUCUACGAAAGGGGCUCGAAUACAACGUAAAAUGUUAGUGAAGUCAUUAACCUAUAGUCAAAAACGUUUUGUAAGUUUGGGUUGUGCUAUCGUUGGUGGUCCAAAAAUCAUUCUGCUUGACGAACCUACACUUCAUAUGAAAGGAAAAGAUCAACGUUUAUUUUGGAACAUAUUACAUAAAGAAAAAUAUGGUCGGGCUAUUGUGAUGACGACAUUCGACGUAACUGAAGCCGAAGCUGUUGGAGAUCGUAUUGCGAUGCUCGGUGAAGGCGCUCUUCUAACUUAUGGCACACCAUUUUUCCUUAGAAGUAAAUUUGGUGUCGGUUGUGAUUUGAUAAUAGUUAAAUCCGACACGGCAUCAACUGAAGCGAUAACCGAGUUAAUUGGAAAAUUUAUACCUGGAGUUAUACCGGAAAAUGAAAUUGGAGAGCUUCUUUACUACAAACUGCCGCUUGACAUGAGACCGAAAUUUCAAAAUAUGUUGAUACAUUUGGAGAAGGAGCAAAAAAAUCUUGGCAUAAUAGAUAUGCGAGCACUGAGUAGCGAGAUCACUGAAAUUUACAUGACAAUGGGCACACGUAAAACAAAACAAGUCAUAAUAAGUGAUAAAAAACCUACGUGUGAAUAUAUCUCUUCUGGAAAGCUUGGAAGACAACAGACUUAUGCAUUACUAAAUAAAAAGCUCAUACAUCAAGCGCCCAAUUUUGUUCCCCUCAUUACAAUGAGCGUAUCAUUCCUUUUCAUACUCUUAAUUACAAUAAUGGCAAGGAAUAGUAUGAAUGUGCCACCAACGCGCUAUAAUCCCAUACAGUUGGGUGCUACGAGUGAUAUAGAUUUAACUUCAUUCAAAGAUUGUAAAAACAUACAAAUCUCCGAUCCUAUAAAACAAAAAGGUGUUGGCGAAAGUUCGUUCAAAUUUGACGAAAACUCUCUUCGUUGCCUACAUGUUGGUUAUGAAAAUUACUUGAAGAAAUCAAUAAGUGUAUUGGACAAAUAUGGCGCAGUAGAAAUUAAUGGCGACACAUACACAUGCUGGAUAAAUCAACAUAUAUUUCAUACAGCUCCACUUGUCUUGAAUUUAAUGCAUAAUAUAUAUCUUGUAAACACGAUCACAGACUCGAAAGCAAUAACUACAAUCGCUAAUCAUCCAGAACCUCCGCCAUUACAAACCAAACUUCGAUUGCUUUACGAAGAGAAGACGCAUUUACUUUUACCAAUGGUAUUGGGAAUUGCUAUACCUAUAUCGAUCGCUUGCUUCAUUAUACCUCUUGUGGAGGAGCGCAAGUGUCAUUUGUUAACAUUACAAAAAAUCGCCGGUGUUAGUACGACACGGUAUUGGUGUGUAAAUUUCCUCUGGGAUUUCAUAACGUUCUUCUCCUACUCUAUCGUCUAUACAAUCAUACUCGCUUUAUCACCCAUCGAAGGUUAUUCCUUUUCACAUAAAUUGUAUGCAAUCUUAUUAAUGAAUAUCUAUGGUGUACCUGGUUUGGGCCUGAUAUAUUUACUCUCUAUAUUUUUCUAUUACACAAUGUGGUCUGCAUUUCUAGUAGCGGUUUUAAUGCAGGUUGGAACAGGAAUAUUUGCGUAUAUUGUGUACUGGAAUGUUUUUAUGAACAAUGAAAUAUUCUUUUAUAUUUGGGCAAUAUUUCCUACUUUCUCGCUUAUGGAAGGAAUAAGUAAUGUGUACACAAAAACUAAGCACGAACAAUAUUGUGCACAAGCAUGCGAGGAUGAUGAAAAGUGUGAGCAGAAUAUAAUAUGUGAUUUUAUGCAACAAUGCUGCUCCACAACUAUUUUCAAAUUUGAACAUCCCGGAAUUCUAAUUGCCAUUUGCUACAUGCUAGGAUCAGCUCUGUUUCUAUUUUUUGUCAUAUGUGUUAUAGAAUGCAGGAAAGCGCGUCGGAGGUUUUCGUCGAAACGAGAUGUAAAAACCCUUCACUCCGCAACAUAUCCUUACGAUGAUCGUGAUGUGGUGGAGUUAAAGCAAAAUGUAGCCGAACAGGAUUUACAAAGUAGUCUGAAAAAACGUUUUAUGGUUGAUCAGCUAGAAUAUAAAAUAAUGAAAAAAGUAGAUACACUGGAUACAAUUUCCUUUAUAGUAAACGAGGGUCAAUGCUUAGCUAUAUUUGGCUCACGCCAUAGCGGGAAAUCACAUGUUGCGGGGCAACUUAUUGGCCAAACCAAUUUUGCUUUUGGUGAUAUAUUCGUUGAUGGCGUCGAACUAAAAUAUGAAUCCAAGAAAGCACUUGCAAAAAUGUCAUUUGUACCACAAGAUCACGGUCUAUGGGAAACUUUUACACCGCGCGAGAUUUUACGUUUCUUUUGCAUGUUGCGUGGUAUUGUGCCAACUGAUGUUAAGGGAAUUUUACGUGACCUUUCAAGUGCCUUUAUUAUGGGUUCCUAUAUGGAUAAACCCAUUCGUGGUCUCAGCGUUGAUCGGCGUCGAAAAGUCAACAUUGCGUUGGCAUUGAUCGCUCAACCAACUAUUAUAAUAUUGGAUGAACCGACACGUGGACUUUCGCCACGUACUUGUCGUGAAAUUUGGAAUGUUUUGCGUUAUAAACGUUUUAUGGGAAAAACUAUAAUUUUCACAACAUCAAACGCAAUAGAACUAGAGGCAUUAGCCGAUCGUGUACUUAUCUACAAUGAGGGUGAGAUGUGGGCGUUUGGUAAUGCACAAUAUCUACGUAGCAGAUAUACAAAAGGAUUUUACUUAGAUGUAAAAUUGAAGAUUGAUGGUACAACUGCUGGCGAAGCUAAAGACAAUUUAUAUAAGGAUUCCGAAAAUUUAGUGCGUUUUGUAACUUUCUUGCAUGAAGAUUCGGAAUUACAGGUGCGCAUCGAUAAUUGCUUCAAAUUUUAUUUGCCCGUCCCAAUUGUAAGUUAUUCAUUUUUAUAUGGUUCAAUGGAGAAAAAUAAACGACGCCUCAAUAUUGCCGAGUACGGUGUUAGUCAAGGAACACUUCAGGAUGUUUUCAAUGCUAUUGAAGUCACUCGGAAUGAAAUAUGAAAUAAAUUAUCAAAAAUCAAAUAAAUAGUAUGUUCUUCUAUGUUUCUAAUUUGGACUGUUGUUAAAAAAUUAAAUAUGUAACUAUGUGAAUUGUUAAAAUAAUAUACACUAUGUUCAAGGGCUUUGGACUAAAAAAUA